AUGCCUAGCAAAUUUAAAUGAAAGCCAGCCCAUGUAAAAGUUCGAGUACAUUAAUACAUUUGCUAGCGAUUUUUUCAAUCAAAGACGAUGAGAGUGACAAAAAACACACUAGAAGCAGGUGCUUGGACAAAGUUUCGCUUGUUGAUGUGGAAGAAUUUCCUGCAGCAAUGGCGGCAUCGAUAUCAGACUAUUGUAGAGCUGCUCCUACCAGUCUUGACAAUGUCACUCAUUCUUAUUUUGCGACAACAGAUACAACCAGUUAUGCAUGAUAUCACCAGAUUUCCACAUUUUCCCGCCCACACGUUGAAUUUUUCACUACCAGUUUUACAGGGACUUAAUUUAACAGAACUUUCAUUAGCAUACUCUCCGCAGAGUCCAGUUUUGGAGGAUGUGAUUCGAACAGCGGUAGUAAACCUAUUUGCUCGAAAUUUAAAUGAUUUGAUUUCAAUUAUAAUUGAGCAAGAACCUGAUAUUCCCAUUGAAAUUCCUCCUGAUAUUGAUAUAAGUGAAAUCCAUGAAUAUUUAAAAAAAUAUGUUAGAUUAACAGCAUAUAAUAGGAGCUCUGAAAUGAGAGCAAUAUACAGCGACGAACAAGAAAUACGAAAAGUCGUAGCAGCAGUGGAAUUUGAUGAUAGUUUGUUAGGUGCGGAAGAGUUGCCAACUCAAUUGUCGUAUUCGCUUAGAUUUCCAGAAAGACCUCGUUUAAAUUCAUUUUACUCAAUCGGAGGGCGUUCUUGGCGCACAUAUAUUAGUUAUCCACUAUAUGUGUUACCUGGACCUCGAUUUCCUUAUUCUUGGGAAGGAGGGAACGAUCCCGGUUAUGUCAAUGAGAUGUUUAUAGCAAUACAGCAUGUAGUAUCAAUGGAAUUGAUUUCUCAGUUGACUAAAAAAAAUCUACAUAAUUUUAAUGUUCAUUUACAAAGAUAUCCACAUCCACCAUACGUUGAAGAUUUGGCUCUGGAAGGACUAAGUAUUAUAUUUCCAAUGUUUUUCAUGUUGAGUUUUACUUACACGGCGGUUAAUAUCAUACGAACCGUUACUAUAGAAAAAGAACUUCAACUAAAGGAAACAAUGAAAAUAAUGGGCCUUCCUACUUGGUUGCACUGGACGGCCUGGUUUUGCAAGCAAUUCAUUUUCUUAUUUAUAACUACUGGCUUAAUUAUGAUUAUAUUAAAGGUAAAUUGGUUUACUAAUAACCAGGGCUUCAGUGAUUACGCCGUAUUUACUAACACACAUUGGACAGUUUUAUAUUUCUACAUCAUGUUAUAUUUGUCUUGCACUAUAUGCUUUUGUUUUAUGAUUAGUGGUUUGUUUUCUAAAGGAAAUACAGCAGCCUUAUUCGGGGCGGUUAUUUGGUUUUUUACGUUUAUUCCGGCUACUUUGUUACAACUUGAUAACAAUGUGCCUUUUGCUGUCCAAGCUAUUUCGUGCUUCAGUAUAAAUUCAGCGAUGUCCUUAGGAUUUACAUUGAUAUUAAAUAAAGAAAAUGCUGGAGGUAUGCAAUGGGGAGACUUUUUCACAAGUAAUGCGGUUGAAACAAAUAAUAUAGUAUUUGGUGAUGUAUGCAUAUUUCUUCUCGUGGACACAAUACUUUACAUGUUGAUAGCUCUAUAUUUAGAACAGGUGCUACCCGGUCCAUUUGGAACCUCUAGACCUUGGUACUUCCUCUUUCAGAAGUCGUUCUGGUGUUCUUCAGCAACAAUAUCAACAGACGGCGAUUUUGAUCACGUACCAAAUGUUGACGAUGCUAUUAAAGAAAAGGAUCCCACGGAGCUAGAAAUCGGAGUAAAAAUGUCGAAUUUAACGAAAGUUUACGGAAAAAAUAUAGCUGUUAAUAAUAUGAGCUUGAAUAUAUAUGAUGAUCAAAUAACUGUCCUUUUAGGACACAAUGGAGCAGGAAAAUCUACUACGAUUGCCAUGUUAACAGGUAACGUGGAAGUAACACGGGGUAGCAUAUGGGUGGCAGGGUACAAUAUGACCACACAGAUGCCUCGCGCUCGUGCUCACAUCGGCCUCUGUUCACAACACAAUGUAUUAUUCAAUGAACUCACGGUGCGAGAACACUUGGAGUUCUUUGCCAGACUUAAAGGAUUUUCGGGGCGAGAACUGGAUGAAGAAAUAGACAAGCUAAUCGACAAAUUAGAGAUGCAGGAGAAGAGACAUUACAUGGCGCGAGGCUUGUCCGGUGGUCAGAAGAGGCGAUUGUGCGUGGGUAUCGCACUGAGCGGCGGCGCACGUGUCGUAUUGCUCGACGAGCCCACCUCCGGCAUGGACCCCUCCUCGCGAAGAGCUCUCUGGGAUCUUCUACAGAGAGAAAAAAAAGGUCGCUCAAUAAUCCUAACGACGCAUUUCAUGGAUGAGGCGGACUAUCUUGGUGAUCGAGUGGCGAUUAUGUCAAGCGGUCGCUUGCAGUGUGUUGGUUCUCCUUAUUUCUUGAAACAACACUAUGGUGUUGGAUAUACUCUUGUAUUUGUUAAAAACACAGACUUCCAAAUAGAUGUUUGUACUGCCGUCAUCAAUAAAUAUAUACCAGGCACAGUGGUAAAAGAGGAUCAUGGAAUAGAAGUAACCUAUAAUUUGCCAAAUAAUUACUCCCACGUAUUUGAAGACAUGCUUAUUGAUCUAGAAAGCAAAGCAGAUAUUAUACAAUUCAAGAACUACGGUUUAGUCGCUACUACGCUUGAAGAUGUGUUCAUGUCGGUAGGCUCUGAUGUUGAAGCUCAUUCGAUAUCUGAGGAUACGACUGUAACAGCUGAUGUAUCAGAGGAAAGAUGUAGCAGUGUAGAUGACUUAUCUUUACAAUCAUGUGAGUAUUACAAAAGCGAUGACAGUGCAACCGGUUAUCGUUUGUUGUGGUUACAUGUCAGUGCAGUAUGGCUAAAACUGUUUUUGGUAUGGAGCCGUUCAUGGGGACUUAUGUUUUUACAAGUCUUAGUGCCCAUCAUUCAAAUAAAUAUUAGUUUGGCUAUAUUGUAUUACAUAGUUUCAAAUCGGGCAAUUGUGAUUUCGAGACCACUCACUCUUACAGAAGGUUAUGUUGCCACCGAGACAUUUUUAAGUUAUAAUGGUACAAACUCGUCAUCGUUUGGCGCCUCAGUAAAAGAGGGUUAUAAGAAUUUAUAUAACAGCUCGAACAUUGAUUCUAUGUCGGUGACGGUAGUUGAGGGCCACAAUGUCGAUGAUUAUUACUUGAAAAGGAUGGCUAAUCCUCUACAGUGGGGUGAACUCCGUGGAAGAUUCCUGAUUGGUGCGACACUCGACGACGACGCAGCUACGGCUUGGUUUAGUAACUUUGGCUACCACGACGUGGCCACAUCUCUGGCUACAUUGCACUCCGCUAUACUUAAAAGUCUCAACCCUGAAGCCACUAUUAAUGUGUUUAACCAUCCUUUGGAAGUUAAUUAUAGUGACAAUAGCAAUCAACAUAUGUUGUUAUCAUUGUUAGCUUUGCAAAUUGCAGCUAGCAUCGGCAACAGUCUUGCUAUCAUCAGUGCUGUUUUCAUUAUGUUCUAUAUUAAGGAGAGAGUUUCUCGUGCGAAGCUGCUUCAGCGGGCGGCGGGCAUGCAGCCGGCGCUCAUGUGGGGCGCGGCGGCCUGCUUUGACUGGAUUUGGUUUAUGAUCACCUGCCUUACUAUUCUGAUUUCCUGUGCCGCUUUUGGUGUUAUAGGAUUGUCAACCGUUACUGAACUAGGAAAUCUAUAUCUAUGCUUAAUGGUUUACGGAGCAGCGAUGUUACCUCUACAAUACUUAUUUUCGCUCAUUUUUAAUGGCCCCGCUCUCGGAUUUGUUAUAGUAUUCUUCACUAACGUAAUAUUUGGUUUAAUUGGCGCUCAAAUAGUUGAAGCUCUAUCCUCACCUGCAAUCAACACUGGAAUGGCAGCAGAUAUUUUAGACUACAUUCUGCCCUUCUUUCCACUUUAUAGCGUAGUAUCGUCGGCAAGACAACUGAAUCAAGUCGGAUUAAGGAUACACUCGUGUUUGGAAGCCUGCGAUUACUUGUCUUCUAUAUUUCCAAAUUUAGAAGACUGCACUCUGGAGCAAUUGUGCAAUGAAUUUUCAGAUAAUUGUUGCAUCAGCGACAACCCGUUCUUUGUUUGGGAAAAACCUGGUAUAUUGCGUUACAUUCUCUGUUCACUUAUAUCCUGUGUGUUUUUCUGGAUCUUAUUAAUGAUGAUCGAAUAUAAUUGGAUUCAGAAGUUAUUUAUUCGUCGAAAGAAAUCCCCGCCCUUGACAAAAUCAUUGGAUUCGGACGUUGAGGACGAAAUUAAGCACGCACAGGUCGUAGACGAAAAAUCUUCAGACGUCGCGCUCGUCGCGCGCGGACUUACCAAAUACUACAAAGACAAUCUAGCAGUAGAUCAGAUUUCUUUCACUGUAAGUGAAGCAGAAGUUUUCGGUCUACUUGGAAUUAACGGAGCCGGAAAAACUACGACUUUCAAGAUGUUAAUGGGUGACGAAACGAUUUCUAGUGGGGACGCUUUUGUCAGCGGGUAUUCUGUUAGAAAGAACAUUACUAAAGUUUAUGAAAAUAUAGGUUACUGUCCACAAUUCGACGCUGUGUUUGGAGAACUGACAGGUCGAGAGACAAUUCAUUUGUUUUCACGGUUUCGUGGUUUAAAGGACUGCAGUUCAUCGCUACGCGCAGAAGUACUUGCCAAUGCUUUAGGGUUUACUAAACAUCUUGAUAAAAGGGUGUAUCAAUACUCGGGAGGGAACAAGCGCAAGUUGAGCACAGCGGUGGCGCUGCUGGGGCGCACGCGGCUCAUCUUCGUGGACGAGCCGACGACGGGCGUGGACCCGGCCGCCAAGCGGCAGGUGUGGCGCGCCGUGCGGGCCGCGCGCCGCGCCGGCCGCGCCUUCGUGCUCACUUCGCACAGCAUGGAGGAGUGCGAGGCGCUGUGCUCGCGCCUCACCAUUAUGGUCAACGGCCGCUUCCAGUGCCUCGGAUCGCCACAGCAUCUCAAGAAUAAAUUCUCUGAAGGAUUUACUUUGACACUAAAAUUGAAAAUGGAUGAAAACAAUACAGGAAAUUCAAGUUCAGGUGUCGACAAGAUUGAAGCAGUCAAGAAUUAUGUUGCUUUACAAUAUAAUAAUGUAAAGCUUGUGGAGGAGCAUCAAAGCACAUUGACUUACUACUUACCGGACCGCAGCGUGCCAUGGUCUAGAAUGUUCGGUAUAAUGGAGAAGGCGAAAAGAGAAUUAGACGUAGAAGAUUACAGCAUACUUCAAACGACUUUGGAACAAAUUUUCCUUCAAUUUACUAAAUAUCAACGUGACCAGAGCAGUAGUAGUUAAAGUAUCAUUUAUUGUAUUAUUGUAUGAUUUAAAAGAGAGUAUGUCACUAUUAAAAGGUGCAAAACACCAACAAAUUUUAUA